ACUUUUUCCUUUCAAAUAUUCCCUCUUUGUAACCCCUAAUAAAAAGCCACACCCUUUUGAUUCCUCCUCUGAAUGUACACAUCCCCCUCUUCAUCCUCUCUCUCUCUAAACCCAUUAGGGUUUCAUUUCAUCCUCCAUUUGCCCACCAUGGCUUCGGAGCUAGAGAAACCUAGGAUCACAGAGAUCAAAGUCCGGAUGGAUUGUAACGGGUGUGUACAAAAGAUCAAGAAAGCCCUACACGGCAUCAACGGUAAGCAAUGACGGGAAAAUAUAGAUACUUCUUUCGACCUUUUUAUCUUAUCGUUCCCACGGUUUCUUUUUAACCCGAGUUUUUUUUUUUCCGAUCAUGCAGGCAUAAAUGACAUCUAUGUUGAUUUCCCUGGGCAGAAGUUGACAGUGGUUGGUUGGGCUGAUCCAGAGAAGAUAGUCAAAGCUAUUAGGAAGACAAGGAAGACAGCAACCAUAUGUUCUCACGAAGAUCAACAGAAAACCGAACCUGAGAUGUCAGUAGCACCCGAAAUGAAUGGGCAACAAGGUCCCGAAGUGGACAAUCAUCCCGAGACACAGCCACAAGUUUCCGAAGAAACUUCUCAGCAAGCCGAGGGUGCUGCUUCACCAGCUGAGGCGGCUGCUCCACCCCCCCAACCCCGAGCCGUCGAAGGAACAACCGCCACCUGAGAAACCAGCAGCAGAGUCGGUAACACCUGCAGCUUCAGAAAACAGUGCGAAAGACACCGGAAACCAAACGGGACAAAAAGAUGUCGGAGAAGUUCAUGUGAUUUAUCAUUACCCUCCUGAAUAUGGGCAUAGAUACGAUUACAGUGGUCAUCGAUAUAACAGUCAUUGGGAUAGAUACAGCAACAGUUAUCGCUUUCCGCUUGAACCGCACGAUAGAUAUGCUCCUAGCCCAACAAAUCUGCAUGAACCACCGGAUGCAUAUACACAUCGCCUAAGAAGUAUGCCUGAACACACGGUCAGAUAUGUGCAUAGCCUGAGAGGUGUUCCUGAGCCAUCGGUCAGAUAUGCACAUGGCCCGAGAACUGUUCCUGAGACACAGGUUAGAUAUGCACAUAGCCCGGGAAGUGUUCCUGAGCCCCAGGUUAGAUAUGCACAUAGCCAGUGGUUUCCACAUGACACAGAGGUCAGAUCUGUUAACAGUGAAGGGUUUCAACACGAGCCGCCGGUUAGGCACGCCAAUACACGAGAGCAACCUCAGCCUGUGUAUGUGAGUCACAGCUAUAACACGCACAGGCCAUCACCUUACGUCACUAGGUAUAUGAGCACACACUCACCCCCAAGGUAUGGGUAUCACAGUAGGAGAGACUACACUGCAGAUUAUCAAAACAGUUAUUACGGAAGUGAAAAUGGGAAUGGUAAUAUCACAGCGAUGUUCAGUGACGAGAAUCCAAAUUCAUGUACGGUAAUGUAAAGGAAGCCUGGUUUAUCACAAUCGUUAGGAAGAUAAACAUUGAAACAAGAACUUUCGACAGAAAAGAUGAAAAACAGAGCAGGGAAAAAGAUAAAUCUCUGGUGCAGUAAGCUUUCCAAAUUACAUGUCAAACCAAAAGAGAAGAAUGAAAUGCUAUGAUUGUAAGUGCAGAAACGAAUCAAUUCCCGAUGCAUUCUUACCUGGUAGGCAUCAAUUGGGAGAGAAUCCUGUAAAGAUGCAAACUUCUUCUUCAACAUUAAUAUAUAGUUUCCUGUACAACUACUCCUGCAGUAUUGCCUUUAUUUAAAAGAAACAUUCUAUUUCAAUGGUCCCUAAGAACAUUCCUCAAAACAUAAAUACUGAAAGCAUGCCUAUAGGCUAUAGCAUUUACAAAGAGCAUUGGUUUACGAAAUUGAGUUCACACAGGAAAACUGUUUGCAACAAUAACUAUGGCAUCUUUCCCGCCAUUAACUCGAACAAGAUAGCGUAAGGGUAAUCCACUGGCUUGAAAGUUUGAUUAAAAGUCAUAUUCAAAUUCUCAAUGCAAGAAAUAAAUCAUGUACCAACUAAAGCAAAACUCAUCGAGAGACAAUUCUAAACGCAGUUAGCUAAGUUUGGUCAGGGAACCUACCUCAUGGGCUUGUCCAGGGUCUCAGAACGCAUUCUUCCGGUAAAGAACUGGAGUAGACCUAAUUCAAAACCUGAAAUAAUCUGGAUAUCGAAAAAAGCAUCGCAUACUUACGAUUUCUAAUAAACUGUGGUUAAUUUUCAAUUGAUCAAUAGAACAAAAAAUCCCAAAGCAGCCAAUAUAGAUAUGUUCCAGCUUUUGCGUACUAUUUUUGGCUGGACUUUGGCACAUUCAAUUUCACAGCAAACAUGAGGAUAAACAAUGCCAAUCAACUUCUUAGAUCUUUGGAAUCACGUUAAAUAAAUACUCAACUACAAGUCAGUAUUUUAAUGUUACAUGUGAAAGAAAAGGAUAAAAGGCA